AUGACUGACCCCACGUCGCUCUCCGGAGCGCACGCCAUUCUUUUGGCGAUUCAUCUCUGUGCCACAGGCAACCCCGCUGUCCUCCCGCAUUUACAAGCUCGAUUCCCUGCCACCUUGACAACCGAGCGGCUGUUGCGCAUUAUCUUGACAUUCUUACCUGAGAGCACAGAGCCCAGAUACUACGUACCUGUGGUGCAGACUCUAGUGAAUGGACUAGUAUCUCGCUCGGACAAUGAUGAUAUCGAUAUAUCGCCGGUCAAAGAUCUCCCAGAAGCUGCCGCAAGGAAACGUGUACGGAAGAUACGCCUGUUACCCUUGAGAUAUCCCGGGGACGAGGAUACUCGAGAAUCAGCAGACUUGUUGGUAAUCUUCCUGGUUCACCGAGCACAUCGCAUCGACUCCGAGACCUCUCUUCAACCGCUCAUCCUCGAUCUCCUGCUGCCGUUUUACCAGCGCUCUCCAAUUCUACGGACGUGGCUUGUCUCGUGUCUCCUGCCGCUUCUCCGAUUGAAUUACGAAUACUAUCCUAAUCGAGACAAAUCAUGCUCCCUAGAAACGCUAAGCUCCCUGGACGAUCAGACCGCCACAAAUAUCCUUCUUUCGAUGGCUGGAACACGGAAGAACGACACGGACUUGAUCAGGAACCUACGUGGACUAGCUGGACCUUGGAUGUACGGCAGCAACCGGCCAAUGAGACGACGUUUCAGUCAGACAGUGCGUCGCAAUUCGAUUCCUGCCUCCCAGUCACAUAUAAACGAAGAUGUCAGAACGUCUGGGUGGGAGUACGUGAACGAAUGGUUACUGUCUCGCAGCUCGGCGGACCCGGAAGCAGUAGUCAAUGCCUUCAUCAAUUGGGAUGGCCCUGGAGACGUUGAUUUGGGUGGCUAUGUUGAAGAAGAGACACUGUCAAUGGAUCAAUCAAAGCAGCUACUGUACCGAUAUGGCCAGACGGGCCUAGCUGUUAUCUAUCAGAGUCCGGAGGUAUCUCUUGACGGGUCGAUUCGCGUCCUCGAACGGGUCAGCAACCUUCUCGGAUUGGAGAAGUCGUUAUUCGUAGCAUCCGAUAAUUCAACUCUCCCUUCUGUUGAAUUCGAUGCUGGCCCAAUUCAGUCAGUGUCAAGAGCAACGCUGUUCCAGAACGCUCUCCUCGUUCCUACGAAUCCGCUAACUUAUCCGUCACCGUCAUCUAUAUCCUUCAUUAGUGGCCUUCUUCUCUCACUACGUGUUCUCAAGGAGCUAGGGCAUCACAUUCCGUGCAGGACAGCAACUAAUAUCUGCCUUCAUAGCAACCAAGAUAUGCAGCUGUAUGAGCUGCGCAGUAUGAUGACGUCAAUCGCGCAAUCGAGAUCCAUUAGAGACUGGAGAACAGUCCGUCAGAAGUUGUUAUGGUUACGGGAUUGGAAAGCAGAGACUGAAAGGACAGCCGAGAGCGAGCGGUGCUGCCAUGGUCUCUUUUUCAGGGUCCCACUAAGUACUAUCGAAAUUGAGAUCCUGAAGAUUCUGCUAGAAGUCAAAGAAUACGACCUAGCUGCCAAUAUCUAUAUAAGGUCUAAUUCGGCAUUGAACUCGAUGCAGGUGGAGGAUGCAGUUAAGGAAUCCAUAUUUGCGGCGUACGACAAUGCGAGCAACGGUAACAGGUCACGAGGUAGAAUGCAAAGGGCAUACGAAAUCCUGCAAGCUUUUCAGCCACACUUCCCGGGGUCUACUUCGUUGAAGCAGCUACAGGCCCUAAUCUCAGCAACGCACGCUCUAUCUUUUUACUCUUUAACUCUUCAGCACGGCGUUCCUUUUCAACCUGUCAGUAUCCGCGUCCAUCCAGACCCCCUUUCUUUGAUCGAAAAGGUGCUCGAUCAAAAUCCCAAAAGUUACACCAAACUCGACGACCUUCUCGAUAUCGGUAGAAACCUCGUCUUAGCCGGCUUUCCUCCACGCCCAGCUGACGAUACCGAUUUACACUCACAUUACACGCGCCCUCCCGUCCUGAAACAGGACGACGCCCUCAUCACCGCUGAGCGUCGCAUUAUGUCGCUCGCCAUCUCAUCCGCCUUGUCCUCUGACGAUUUCGGCACCGCAUACUCGUACAUUCUUACCCGCCUCACCCCCCAAACCUCCUCCGCCACAUUCUCCCUUAACUCACCCUCCGGUCCAAAAGACGACAUUACCUGGCGCGCUGUCUACAACGCUGGCCGCUAUCGCCCCACACACUCCCAGUCUUCAUCCACCCCACCACCUCUACACAUACAAAUCACACACCUAUCACAACGCAUGGAACUUCUCUCCCUUGCCCUCAUCUUAGCACCCACCCCCGACCCGCUUCCAGAGAUCCUCGGCGCCUGGCGCCGCGCAGACGAAGAACUUUCCCUCCUCCGUGCCCGCGAAUCGGAUGAAGAAGACGCCUGGGACACCAAGGGCGAUAGAAGCGCUGCCGCCACAUUUCUCCCGGGUGGCUUCAAUCAACCGAACACAGAGCAAGACGUAUUGGAAACAAAACAGCAGCACGCCCGUCGCGCGGCCCGCGCCGCCCAUCACAACCGUCUUGAUUCGGGCGAAGCACCAAUGGGUCUUUUUGAAGUUGCACGCGGUGCUGCGAGAGCACUGCAUAAGAAUGUUGCGUUCCCGUUAUCUGCAUCCGCGUCCGCUUCCGCUUCAUCGUCAAUGUCGCUCGUUGAUCGCACUUCCGAGGAUGACGGCGAGAAUCCGAACGGUGGUACCGGCGACAGUGAUGCGGGGAGAAUAAGGAAGCGAGAUGUCGUUAGUAAUAUGGUUACUGGGGGUCUAGCGAGUGGGAUAGGCUGGGUUCUGGGUGCGCAGCCAGUUAAUAUGAAUAAUAGGCAGUAG